AUGCAGGACGAGCAGAUGCUAAAAAGAUGGGAUAGGAUCAGUCGCCUUAGUCUCGACGCCGCAUCGACCGCGACCAGCAUAGGAUUCUCUGCUGCGAAGAAUGGAACAAAGCUCGGAUUUGGUAUCACUCGUGGGAUUGCCUCGUCCAUAGCCAGUCUCACCGGAACUGCCCUUGAUCAUGCCGUAUUCGGGGGCAGCAUUGGGGCGGGGCCAGCAGCAGGCAGCGUCGUGUCAACGGCCAUAUCGGCACUCGAGGCCCUCGCAUUGACCCCCAUACUCAUUGGAGAGUCAAUCACUUCAACAACUCUCGUUGCUGCACAGUCGUCUCUGACUGUUCUGCAAGCAGUCUUCCCGGGCAGCGACGAGGCCAGCUUCUCGCUCACCAGUUUUGUCACCCUCGUCAGGAGAGAGUGGAAGGAAGAUAUGCACGAUUACGACGCUCCAGAGGCACGUUACAGCUUUAGCGAGAUUAUGAAGGCUUUAGUGGCAUGGGCUGCUCUGCAAGGCAUCACGAGCGAAUGGCAAGAGAGGAAGUGGUUCAAAUUCCUUCGGGAGCUGCCGGUUCAAGACGAUGUCUAUGACAGUCUGCCUUCUCUCUCUCCACCCCCACAUACGUCGCAAGUGCAUAUUACGACGGACGUUGUUUAUCCCAGCCACUCAGGGCAAAUUAUCACGGCUGAUAUUGGUGAGGUCUCAUCUGCGCCCUCUAACAAGCCUAGCGCUGCGGUAACGAUGGAUCUAAACUCGAUAACGUCUCUCAAGUCAAGCUUACGACGCUUUUCCAAGCUAGUCUUGGCGGGGUAUGGCGGAGCAAGUCUUAUCUUCUUCGGAGUCCCUCCAGUCCCUACGUCAGGAAAAACCGCACAGGCAGAUGAAGUAAAGAAGCUGGCGAUGGCGGUGGGCUCCUCCGAGAUCGAGGCUUCUGGCGGCUCGAUCCAGCUAACCUCGGCGGAGAGACAAGAGCUGGAAUCGAAACCUGGAGGCUCCCAGUACUCGUGGUGGAACGUGCUUCUCGGGAAGCAUGACAAGGAUAUUCUUCUUCACUACGCACAAGACGCACACCACUCAUCCAACAGUUCAGCACAGACGCAACCUACUGCAAGACCACCGCCCGAGAUAACCCCCAUGCUCGAUAGCAAUACAAGCCUGAUGCCUCGAUUUUGGGUUCUCACCGACCAUUCUCGUCAGGAAAUUGUCCUCGUCCUACGGGGCACAAUGAGCUUGAACGAGUUGGCGGUCGACCUCACGUGCGAUCCAGCCGAAUUCACAAUCUAUAGUCCCGUGAGAAAAAUGAAGGAGUCUAUGGACGAGCAGGAGGUGCUUGACAAUUUUGACGAGGAGCUAGAAACCAUACCAGGCUCCUUUCCAAUAGACUUGUCGACACCUCCUAAUCCACCGAGUAGGAAGACUGCGACACGUUAUCAAUCGUCUGACGACGACGAUAUAUUUGAGGUGCACGGGGGCAUACUCAAGAUGGCUCGGGCUAUGGGUGGCAAAGGCAAACCUGUGCACACGGCAGUCAGGUACGCCUUGAAGCAGAAUGAGAAUUACGAUUUGGUUAUAUGCGGACACAGCCUUGGUGCAGGAGUAGCCGCACUUCUUGCCUUGAUGUGGUGCGAUCCGCGCACUUGUCUAACACAUCGCGCCUCGGGGUUGCCCGUAAACCGCCGAGUCUCGGCAUAUUGUUAUGCACCACCGUGUCUAGUAUCCGCGAGUCUAUCCAAGCUUGCAGCGUCUUCAGGCCUCAUCACGUCUUUCGUAUACUCGCACGAUGUCGUAUCCAGGCUGUCGCUCGGUUCUGUGCGCGAUCUGCGCAGGGCAGCCGCAUGGUUGUCCCACGCAGAAAGCGAGGGACGGGGAGAAGGGUAUGGUGGCGUUGCUGGACGAGCCCUGAGGGCGAAGACGGGAUUUGGUAAAGACGACGAUCCCGAGUGGUUUUUGGCUAUCCGCAAGACACUCGAGGCCAAUAUGCGUAUGGCAAACUUGUUUCCUCCAGGUCGGGUAUUAUGGGCUAUACGCGACGGAGACCUCGAGUCUUCGCAUCGUCUCGCCGGCGUGUCGAAGGAGCGGGGAAGCGAGAAAGUCAGACUGUUUGAAGUACAAGACGUCGAGCAGGUCUUCAACCAAAUCGUAUUCGCGAAGGACAUGCUUAGCUCUCACAUGCCGCACCAGUACGAUCGAGUCCUGCACGAACUGCUCUGA